AUGUUGUUGUAUCGCCGAGCCUGCUACAAGUGUGGCAACCUUGGCCACUUUGCUGGCAAGCAGCCCGGACAUGAGUCCAGCAGCUGCCCGCUUCCCCGUACCACCGAGACCAAGCAGUGCUACAACUGCCAGGGGGUAGGCCACGUUCAGGCUGAUUGCCCUUCGCUUCGCGUUAACGGUGCCACCGGCCGCUGCUACAACUGCGGCCAGGCCGGCCAUCUCGCUCGCAAAUGUCCCGUUCCUGCUACGGGUGCUCCUCGGGCCCCUGCUGGCCCCCGGGGUGCCUUCAACCCCGGCUUCCGUGGCGGAUAUUCUCGUCCUGCCACCUGCUACAAGUGCGGUGGCCCCAACCACUUUGCUCGUGAUUGCCAGGCUCAGGCCAUGAAGUGCUAUGCCUGCGGCAAGCUGGGCCACAUUUCUCGCGACUGCACUGCUCCCAACGGUGGCCCCUUGAGCUCUGCCGGCAAGGUUUGCUACAAUUGCUCCCAGGCCGGCCACAUCUCUCGCGAUUGCCCCAACGGUGUUGUCCCGAAGCCUGUCGAUGCGACUACUGCCGCCCCUGCCGCCCCUGCCCCUGCCGCCGGUGGUGAGGCCAGCCAGGAGGCCGCCGCUAUUGCGCCUGCAGCUCCCGCCGCUGUUGCCUAA